CUCCCCGGCUGCUCCUGUUGUCGCCGCAACCAAACCUUCCGCUUCCGCUUGCGCACGGCUGGCCACUUCCCAUCCCCGGAACAGGAGCCGGAACCCCCGGUCCUUUUCUCCUCCCCUCCCCCCCCUUCCAGAACCCGCCUCCCUCUGACCUCUCCUCUCCGCCCCUCCCACCGCUCGCACGAUCGACCACGGACGCACCGCGCAUCGCAUUCCUCCGCAGAGUCAACCAUGGAGGCCGCGGCGGCCACGGGGCUCCGCCCCUUCGCCGCGCCGCUCGGGCCCGCGAGGGGGGCGGGCGCGGGCGCAGGCUGGCGGUCCGGGCAGGGCCGGCGGCGGCUUGGGCGGGGCGCGCGGGUGGCGGCGAGGCUGGACGGGGGCGUGGGGAAGGGGGUGCCCACCACCAACUACGUCGUGCCGCUCGACAAGCCCACCGGGAUGACCCGCCCGCUCGUCGAGAUCCUCAGGGACCUCAACAAGCGCGUCCCCGACAAGAUCAUCGACCCCGACACCAACACCGUCCCAUGGUACCAUGCCAACAGAAUGCUCAGCUUUUAUGCACCAGGUUGGUGUGGUGAAGUUCGUGAUGUUAUUUAUUCCAACAGUGGAACUGUGACCGUGGUCUAUCGAGUGAUUCUGAAAGGAACGGAUGGAGAGGCUUUCAGAGAUGCCACAGGCACGGCAAAGGUGCACGAGGGACGUAACGACGACGCUGUUGCGGCUGCGGAGGAGGCAGCAUUCAGCAAGGCCUGCGCCCGGUUUGGUUUCGGCCUGUACCUGUACCACCAGGGUGAGAUCCCGUAGGAGGAACGACAACUUUGAGAUUCAUUCAGCAAUGGAGCUGGUCAUAACGUGGGUAGGCACGCCCAUGGAGAGUUGGAAAUGCUUCGCUGGUGCCUAAUUCUUGUGCAAGAAGCCUGUAAAUUGUUCCUUCUGUUACGUUUUUGUUGUUGUUGUCGGUGUAGGCUCGCAAGAUUUAUCCAGCUAGAGAAAGGAAAAGAACAUAUGGAAUAAUGUGCUGUUACUUCUCUGGUGCA